UAGAUGUCCGACUUGAAAAUAAUUAGCACUAUAGUAAUCUUUGUUUAUUUUGUCCAUGUAUACUGUGCUGGAUGCAUUCUGUUAUUCUAUGGCAUAAAAUAUAGUUUCUGAUCAUUUCCAUGGCGGCAACCCAAUCACGACCUCCUCCGGAUCCUAUCUCUGGUGUGCAGGAUUUAUGCGCACAUAUUCAUCGGUUCAAAUGUUGCUAUCUACACUUUUAAUUUGGUCGGUUAAUCAUUUGUUCUGCCUGUGUUUUUAAGAACUUACUAAAUCUUUGAGCAUACUGAUCAUGGAUGCAGAAGACAAGCUUGUUGAGCCGGAUAGCAGGAAAGAGCGGCCUAUUCCUGCAAAAAAUGAGGCAUCAGUUACUCCCAAUUCCUCUGCGGAUGCUGCCACUACAGGUCAACAAAGAGACAGCAUUGGCCAAUUCAGUCCUUUAGGUUCUGCUGGAGAUCUCACUGUCUACCCUCCAAAUAUUUAUGCUCCCCAAGCACAGGCCUUCUAUUAUAGAGGUUAUGAGAAUGCCAUUGGCGAAUGGGAUGACUAUCAUCCAUAUGUUAAUGCUGAAGGAUUGAAAAUUGGAUCACCAGGUGUCUAUAACGAAAAUGGCUCUCUUCUAUUCCAUGCUGGAUAUGCGUAUGGUCCUCAAGUGCCAUAUGGGCCAUAUUCUCCAGUCACAACACCUGUGCCUUCUGUAAGUGGAGAUGGGCAGUUAUACUCCCCCCAACAAUUUCCAUUUUCUGGCUCACCUUAUUACCAGCAGUUUGGUCUGCCUAAUUCACCAUAUAUGACACCAACAACAGCAGUUCCACAACCGGACCUCAGCAUGUUAGGAAGUAUUGACCAACAAGGUAAUAACAUGGUUUUUGGGCCGAGUCCUAGUUAUUCUCCUGUUCUGGGAUCCUUUGGUAGAGACAGUCUUCCUAGGAAUCUUGGUGCUCCUGGCUUUCAUGAUUUGCCACAGGGCUUUGAUGGAUUCAGAUCUGGAGGACUUUGGUCAGAUUGGUCAAAGCCCUCCGAUAGGCAUAGGCCUUGGACUUCCUUAUCACCUACGGUUUCUCCACAGCCAAUUGGAACAUUUGGGUCAUAUGGACAGAAUGCUGGAAUGGCAUCUCAACAACAAAGAUCAUCUUAUAGUAUGGGAUCUGGUUCAAACUCAUAUACCAGAGGCUAUACGCACAGUGGUUUUAAUCAGGGAUCAGGCUUUGGAACUGCACCCAUUUCUAGUGUGUGGACAAACAAUAGAAGCUGGCUUCCUUCUGAAAUCAGCAGAUGGCAGGGAAGACCCGGUUUCUCGGUAUGCGGCUGCAAUGGUAGUCUUGAUAUCCUUAGUGAGCAAAACCGAGGGCCAAGGGCCUCAAAGCCCAAGAAUCAAAGUACAGCUGAACUUACUUCUGCUGUUGAUCAUAACAAAUGUAGCAAAUCCUCAGCCACAAUCCACAUCGAGUCCUACAACCGACCUGAUUUUGUCACCGAAUACAAGGAUGCUAAGUUCUUUGUCAUCAAAUCAUACAGUGAAGAUAAUGUUCAUAAGAGCAUAAAAUAUGGUGUCUGGGCAAGCACACCAAAUGGGAAUAGGAAAUUGGAUGCUGCCUACCGUGAAGCUAAGGAGAAGCAAGAGCCCUGCCCGGUGUUGCUCUUUUUUUCGGUGAACGCCAGUGCGCAGUUUUGUGGAGUUGCUGAAAUGGUUGGAGCUGUCGACUUCGACAGUAGCGUAGAUUACUGGCAACAAGAUAAAUGGAGUGGACGGUUUCCUGUAAAGUGGCAUAUUAUUAAAGAUGUCCCAAACAGCCAGUUUCGUCACAUUGUAUUGGAAAAUAACGAUAACAAGCCUGUCACGAACAGUCGAGACACACAGGAGGUGAAACUGGAACAGGGUAUUGAGAUGUUGAACAUAUUGAGGAAGUAUGAAAAUGAGAUGUCAAUUCUGGAUGAUUUUGAAUUUUAUGAAGAGCGGCAGAAAGCCAUGCAAGAGCGCAAGACCAGACAGCAAGGGAAUCCGAUAAGCGCUGUAGAUUUUACAAAGCAGUUGCCCAAGAGUUUUGCGCAGGUGGUUCGCUUAGACGAGGGUAACAAACAAGUUGCUGUUAGUGUAUCAGACAGCUUUUCAGGAAGAAGUUCUAUAGGGGAAGAUACAAUAUUAGCAGUCUCCUCUGGUAAUUAAGAGACGUGUGUGUAUUUUAUUCUUCUUUCUUGUGUUGAUUAUGUAAUAAGGGAAUAAAAAUGUAUAUUCAUGUAUGGGCAUGAGUGUGAUAGAGGAGCUUGGGGUGUUGGAACUUGGAAUUACAAGUAACAAUAUUGAGCAUUAAUCUUGUGUAUUUGUGUUAUAAGAAAGAAUUUCCAACUUGAAGUGAUAUUAUCAUAGUUGGCAAAAAUAAUACAACCAAUCUUCUCUUUAUUUAA